UGUGUCGGUCCCUCGCCUACGUCGCCUUCGCACUGAAGCUCCUGUCAACCACACUUGCCGUCUUCCCCUGACGGACAUCGUCCGCACAGGCCGCAAUAUACCGACCGACCUGCAAUGAUGAGCAGCGUUUUGGCUGUCUGCCCCCUGCUGGUUCUCGCCAACUGUUUGCAAGCAGCUGUUGCCCUGGACGACAACUCGCCCGCGCGCGCCAAGCCACACACACACGAGCCGCCUUAAAAUGACAGCACCAGCAGCUGCUGCUGCCGCGCGGAUCUUCGUUGACGUGACCGGCGCAGGGCCGGGGAUGGCCGUUCCAGCGUCGGUGGUCGCAAGAAACACCAACACCAGCAGUGCGACAAGCAGAGGGGGAGGGGGGCAAUCCAAAGCAGAAGGAGGCAAGACCAACAGGGUGACGCGAGAGAUCACGAGCAAAGAGAGGCCCGCCGAAGACAAGAAAGGCCUCCAUGGUGGGGCGGGGGCGUCCCUUGCCCAGACAAGUGCAAAGGCAUCGCAGCUCAACAAGACUGUAAUGACGCCAAUGCCAGAAGGUGGCUCUGGUCCCGCUGCAGGACGGCAGACGUACCUGCCGUCGUUUGCAUGGGAGUCCUUCUUCUCGCCAUCAACAACACAAACUGGGGGGCAGGCAGCGCGUGAGAUGAGGGACAAGGAGGGGGUGGCUUUCAUCCAGAACACCACUGGCUCGAACAAUACAGGUAGGCGACAAGGGCGAGUUACGUUACAGCUGUCAAUGGACAAGCAGCCCGACACAUCUGAGACACGCACAGACAAUUGAUUGCAUCGACCGAUCGAUUGUGUGCAUAUACAGGGUAUCGUGCUGAUAGCCAGCAAGAAGAUCCCACAGAGCCAAGAACGCCUUCCAACCCAACCACAGGUGCGGCUGGCUAUCCAUCCAACGUAUGCAUGGACGAAUGGAAUGAGUGCAUUCAGCCCAGCCGAUCCCUCCUGCUUCUCUCUCUGCUCAUCUUAUCAUCUUCAUUUCAGAGCAGCACUACUGCGUGUUCUUCGUCAACCGCUGGAAUCACGCCGGGCCACACACCGACAAGAACCAGAAGUACUACGCCAGUCAAUACAGAACAGCCUCGGGUGCCUUCUCCCCCACACCCACAUCGGGGUGCGCCAAAGACCCCGUCCCCCAGUUCCCCCCAGCAGAGAACGGAGGGCGGGCGCCCACGCCCUUCACGUGUGGGUGUGAGGAGACACGAGGGUACGAGGACUAUGAGGGGCAGGAGACGCCGUUUGUGCGGACGGCGUCUCAUUUUGAUGUGGCCAACCCAUGGAGGAGGGACACAAGGGACAUCGGCUGGCAGCCCGACACAGCGGGUUCCAGAAAGGAGGUGGGGUGAAAGAGAGGGCAGGGCGGGGCAGGCGCAUGAGAUACGGGGGUGAGAGGCUGAUUGGUGGGUUGCGUUGUUGGCAUGGCAGGCUCGGGCGUUGAUGGCCAUGAAGGUCCGUGUGUAUGUGCCCUUUGACGAGACGCGAUUCACGGGGUGAGUGAGUGAGCCAGAGGCAUGAAUGAAUGAGGUGCAUCAUAUCCAUUAGUGGCAAGUGAACACACGUGUGUGCGUGUAUUUGUGUCAUGGUCAAGUUGCGAGGAUAUGCAGAAUCAUAUGCGGUCGCCGGUCAAUGCGAGAAGCUCAGAGGGCUACGUCAUCCCGCCAGAGAACUACCUGGCCACUCUGCUGGGUACGUGUGGAAGAUGCAUUGCAUUCAAGAGUCUUAUUUCCGUUUCUUUCCUCUCUCAUCGCAUACGUGUGUAGAUCUGGAAGGCGGCCCUUAUGAGUGGGCAAAUGGCGACAUCGGGGAGAUUUGCAUCGACGGCAAAUGGCAAGAAAGUGAGGGAGGCCUGGGCCAGACAGACAAUCGCACAUACAUGUCACGGGCAUACAUAUCUGAUGCAUUCAUUCAGCACACCUCUUCCUGGGUCAGGGCCACGGGUCCUACGCCAGCCGGCCAUUCAAUCGCUGCCUGCACGUCACGCCCGCAUACGCUACACACACAUCGGACAUAGAGGAUAUCCCCGCAGACCCACACAUCACACACGGCCUCCUGCAGCCGUCAGACGCACUCCGCUUCAGCUCUCUGUGUGUGAGGGCGCCGAAUGGCCUAUAUCGACGGCAGCUGGUGUCUGAGGGGCUGCUAUACGGGCCGGCUUGGAGGAAACCUGAGCGGUAUCGUGGAUGCGACAGGGAUUUGUGGACGAGCCGAUGGGGGGAGGAUCUAUAUGUGAGGUUCGUGAAGAGUGCUAAUGUGGUGAUGGGGGAGGGCAAGACGCCGUUCCGGAUAUCACGAUGGAGUGAGGUGGCGAGAUCGGUUGCAACGACCACAGAGCCGGGUAGCACGCGCACGCCGGCAGCCAGGCACCUGCCUUAUCUGAAACUGGCUGGCCCGUAUGUUUGUGUGCAGAGUCCCCCUCCCUGCGUCUGCACUCCAUUUUGGUGGAGUUCACGGACCACGCCGGCCAGCCGCAGAGAGAGUGCGUCGUCAUGAAGACUUCCACGACCGUCCGCCUCCCCACCGGCCCCGAAUCAAAGCUCCCAGCAGACAGAGAGCUGGAGUGGUAUGUCUCCAACGAUUGCGGCGCCAACAAAGGUUUCGGUGGGGGGAUUGUGGGCGUGUUGACAGCCUUCAGACAGGGGAUGACCGCUGGGGAGGCCGGUGCCGUGGAGGGGAGAUAUCGCGUGAUGACUUCUGCCAACUGCCCAUCUCCUGGCGUGAGCAGCGUGGAUGCACCGAACGGUACGCAUCCAAUCAAUCCGCCAGAAAAAACAAGAACGAGACUCCACCGUUUUUGCCAUCCGUCAUUCAGGGGUCUCACCGUGCGUCGACAUGCUUACAUGGCUGGGGUGCACCCCGCCCUACCGUCUGCUCGACGACCGGCGCUUCGACACUCACACCUGCGACAAAGACAGCGUGGCCAACCCCAUAGUCCCGCCGCAUCACGCCUUCACGGACCGCUUCCAGCAAGAGGGCAUGGGAGAGAUCAGCGGCCUAGGGCUGCGGAGAGACAUGAGCUGUGGCGUGUGGAUAUUCCACGGAGCCAAACACUGUGCUGUCGUUAUGAGAGCCACGCUCUACGUAUGUGAGCAGAAAAGGAGGCAGGGAGGGAGGAUGGCGACUCUUUUUUCUGCUCAGGGAGGGUGUGGCCUCGGACCGCGAGGGAGGUACCACGUGUACUGCCCAGAAGCGACGACAGUAAAGAUAGACCAGCCCCCGUGGCGACUGACCGAGGACGAGCCGAUAUGCCAACACGCCCCGGACAAGCCAGAAGGAGAUGCGUGUGAGCACACGUCAGCGCAAUCAAUGUUUGCGAAGGCGAGGCCCUCUGGCUUGUCUGUGCAACUGAAACCCUAGGUGAGGUGUCGGCACUCCAGGACGACCUUACAGCGGAGUUUGGACCCAGCCAGUACUACCUCGAUGGCAACUGGGAGGCUGCGGAAUUGGGCGGCAAGGCAAAGCACCUUUAUCGCGUGCUCAAAAGAUGCAGGAUGGAGGAGUGCCGUAAGAGACAGAGACAGAGACACGCUACAUCCUCUCUUGAAUCUUGUGUCGCGCCUUCUCUACCAGCGAUGAAUGCGUAUCGGGUUAGGGAGGCCAUGAAGGGCCCGUGUGUGGUAUCGCACCGCCUCGACGCCAACUGCGGGCCCGGCACACAGACAUAUAUACCCGAGUGGGAGGUAGGAGACAGGGAAGGCGAACGGCCAAAUGCAGACACGUCACUGAUGGUUGUGUGUGUCCACAGGAUGGUCGUGGUGGGGGAAUUCUGAUCGACGAUUUGAGGAGGGGCCACAAGCCGCCCGGGGUAUGCCAGCAGGAGUACGAGACCCUCAAGGCAGAGUGGGAUCACGACAACAGACAAGAGCCGUGCAACAAGGAAUGCGGUAUGCGACAUCAUGGGCCUUUGUCGUCGACGAAUGGGCUCUCGCCGCCUCUGUUCAGAGAGGGAGGGCUGGUGUUUGUACGAAGUGUAUAUGAAACAAAGCCCACAUUUCCACCCCGACAUCACCCCUUGCAAGGAGCUGCCCAUCAUUGCCAUCAUCAUGAGGUCCGCUCUGUCGUUCAUCUUUCUGUCAUUGUCUGAUCCCUGUCUGUCUAUCUUGCCUCGUGUCUCACUCUUGAUGCAGUGGUGUGCAGGAUAUAUCUCAGCAGGGCGGUAGCACAGUGCCCAUCCCGCCGCCGGGACCAGAUACUGGGCAGGGUAGAGGCAAUCUGGAAAUUCCUCUUGGCAAUCAAAGGUGAGCGACAAGCCCAUCUAGCAGGCAGGCACUGCUUUUGACCGUCUAUGUCUGAAGCCCUCGAUCAGAGAUGGAAUUGGAGGUCCAUUCACGCUCUUCACGGGGCCUGUUCUGGCUCCCCCGCCGGCGGCGGACUGGUAGCAGUGCGUUCUUUCCCGAGCGAAUGUACUACUGCGACAACUCUCUGCUCCUGCCGGACUUGCUCAAGUGCCUCAAGUGCCGCACCAGCCUCACCUACAGUGGGUGUUGUGACAACCUGGAGAUUUCCAUGGGGUGAGUGGCUGCCACUCUAUAUGGGAUGGAUGUAUCUAUUUGUCUGUCUGUCGGUCCUCUUGUGGUUUUUCUUCUCAGGCAGUCCAUUCAUCUGGAUGUUGUGACGCUGCCCGACUCCUCGGAGACGUAUGUCUCGCUUCCCUGUCCGCCCAAGUACUGCCUGUCCCUGGCUGUCGAUGGAGAGGAACACAAGAAGGCCAUGGCACGCAACAUCGACCCUCAAAGCGGCCGUCCCCUCUUCGAUGACAAGCCCCUGUGGCAGCAGAUGAGCGACCGGGAGCAGCUCAUCCAGACGUUCAUGCGGGAAAACACUUCAGAGACAAUCGACGUAAGAGAGUACAUAUAUCAAUGGAUGACGGGCCAUACCACUUCUCUUGUGCAGAAGGAUUCCUUCCACGGUCUGAGCUCCUCCGGCUUUGCGUCCCGUCUUUACGAGGAGGUGUAUGCCGGCUUUGGCGUCCCAGCUGACCAGAUCGAUGACUACUUCAGGCGCGAGGCGUGCCGGCCGGGACGGCCAUACUCAUUCAGGCGGGGGUCUCUCAUCCACGUCAAAACGACACGCGACGGCUCGCAAGUGGACGUGUCGCGGGUGUACCGGAGUCAGCAGACUGAGCAAAAAACCGCUCAUGGCGAAAGCUCGGCGCCACCUGUGGUUCUGCACCCGCCUCUUGUGCUGCAUGACGACCGCUGGAACGUGUGCUUCGAAAGUGAGCGGAGAGAGGAGUGCUGGAUUUGCUUUCCGUGCCUUCCUGUGAGUGUCUCUGUGUGUCUCUGUGUGUGUGCAGAGGUGGCCUGUGAGGGCAAGUAUGAGGACGAUGGUAAAGGGUGUCUGCCAAAAGUGGAGGGGCUGUAUUAUUGCGGACCCAAGGCAGGAGUGAGGACUAAGUUCCUCAUCUACGGCGCAAGGGGAGACCCCGACAAGGGAGAGGGCGCACCCGUAUGCUACACUUUCCACAUUGUACACCGGAUAGAGAUGCACAGGUGCGCUGCCUGCCUGUCGUUCAGGGUUCGUAUCGUGGAGUGUGUUUCGAGCCAGAGGGAAGCGAUCGAAUGCCGGACAUCAAACUGAUCGACUGCAAAAUCGACUGCAGUAAGUCAAUGAGACACGGACACGUACGUGUACGUACGUGUGCGUGUCUGUCUGUCUGUCUGGUCAGCCCCUGGCCCGUUCUGCCAAUACAGCUGGACGACAGAAAACGGAUGCAGCUCGGUCACUGUAUUCAUGAGGUAGGGCUAGUUAGAGGACACAGACAUAAGCGCAUGUGACACUGUGUGUCUGGUUUCUCUUGUAUUUAGAGGUUUGAGAACAGUGCCUCGCCUGUCGGCCACCGGUGCGACGUCCACGUCAAACAUCGUGUGUGACGUACAGCAGAUACCUCACAGGUAG